AGGAAAAUUAUCACACGAUUAACAUGUAUUCCGAUAAAAUUGAAUCGACGACGGGCGAAGAAGUAAGUCCUCUUCCUUCUUCACUCGAUCCGGUAGCUUCCGGUAAUCGAGAUUUGCGGAAAGCAAUCAUCCUAUUAUCGGGUUAAAACGACUGGUUAAAACGAUCGGAUCGUCGUCGUUUUCCAGAUGAACGAUCGCGACGAAUUUCUAACGAGAAAAUUCAAAACGGAUCAAAUUUCGAUAGAGAAGAUGACGAAAGAGGAAUUCGAUUUUGCGAAGAGCGCCGAAAGUGAGAUAUUGAAAAUCUUUCAAGCUCUAUUGUUAUCCAUAUGUAUGUUGCUUUUGAGUUAUCACAGCGUUCGUUAUGGCCGAACGGAGUACAGUAUCUUGGAAAAUGGCGAAAUCACCGAGGGUUACGCUCACAAGGCUGUAGUCACGUUGAGUUUAGGUUAUUCCACGCCCUACGCGAUCGUCUCUUUCCUGGCAAUCGGCAUGCUCGCUUACUCUUUGAUCUCGAAAAAUCCACGUUGGAGUAUUCCAUCUAUAGUACUUUAUCUUGCCGACUUGGUUUGCAGUAUCAGUGGCGCCAUCGUCGCAAUUUGGUUAUUUUUCUCUCACUUCCCAUUCGUAACAGCCUUGUCUUACACGUUAGGAACGAUUUUGCUAAUACUUGGAGAAAUUUGGAUGUGGUUGGGCGUCCUUCGAUUGUACGAGCAAAGAACGUUCAAAUGAACUUUUUUCGAUCGAUCAACGACGAUUGACGAGAGGAGGCAAGAAAGAAAGGAAGAAAAAA